GGCAGUGCCUCCUGUCCUCAGGAGCGGGCAGGAGCAGCAGUGCUCUCCAGCCGCAUGACACUCUGAACGAGCCUGCCCCAGAGCCAGCCCAGCCCAGCCCAGGCCAGCCCCAUGCCAGACCUCCUGCCGCCUUCCCCAAAGCCACGCCACGACCCCUCCAGGAGAAGCCUGGGGGUUCUCUAGGUCCUGCCCUAGUGGAACCCCCAGUGUCCAGACGCUAGUAGGCCAUCCCUUUGGGUCACAGGGACAGGUCAGAGGGGAUGAGUGUUGGGGGUGAGUGGACAGGAAGGAGGAGAGUAGGCAAUUGUCUUAGGGUGCCGGAGCCGCGACCUGGGAGCUGGGAAGGCAGAGUGACUCAGGGCCGCGACCUGGGAGGGCAGAAUGACUCAUCGCAGUAUCUCUGUCACCUGCGAUCGCUGGAGCCUGCCCUGGAGGGCGGUGGGCGGGGCGGCCCGCCAGUGGGCGGGGCCAGCAGUGGCCGGUGCCGGUCUGGGCCCCGCCCCGGGCGCCUAUCCCGCGGCCGGGACCUCGGCCUCCCGGCUCCCCGCCACCCCUCCGUCAGCACCUCGUCUGUCCGCGCGCCACCGAUGGCCAGGAACGUGUUGCUGCUGCUGCCGCCGUUGCUGCUGGCCGCGGCGGGCCUCACCGGCCUCCUGCUGCUGUGUGUCUCCACCCGCGACGUCCGGGAGCCGCCCACGCUCAAGUAUGGCAUCGUCCUGGACGCUGGCUCUUCCCACACGUCCAUGUUCAUCUACAAGUGGCCGGCGGACAAGGAGAACGACACUGGCAUUGUGGGCCAGCACAGCUCCUGUCACGUGCGCGGUAGUGGCAUCUCCAGCUAUGCAGACAACCCUUCCGGGGCUGGCCAGAGUCUUGCUGAAUGCCUGGACCAGGCACUCCGGGAUGUGCCCAAGAACAGACACGUGGGCACGCCCCUCUACCUGGGAGCCACCGCAGGCAUGCGCCUGCUCAACCUCACCAGUCCAGAGGCCUCGGCCAGCGUGCUUGCAGCUGUGACACGGAAGCUGAGCCAAUACCCCUUUGACUUCCGUGGUGCCCGCAUCCUCUCAGGCCAGGAAGAGGGGGUGUUUGGCUGGGUGACUGCCAACUACCUGCUGGAGAACUUCAUCAAGUAUGACUGGGCAGGCCGGUGGUUCCGGCCAAGGAAGGGGACCCUGGGGGCCAUGGACCUGGGGGGCGCCUCCACACAGAUCACCUUCGAGACAGCCAGUCCCGCUGAGGAUCCAUCCAAUGAGGUCCAGCUGAGGCUCUACGGCCAGCACUACCGCGUCUACACCCACAGCUUCCUCUGCUACGGCCGUGACCAGGUCCUCCAGAGGCUGCUGGCCAGUGUACUGCAGGCCCACAAGCAGACCCACAGCUCCCACCCCUGCUGGCCAAAGGGCUAUUCCACCCAAGUGGCGCUCCGAGACGUGUUUGAGUCACCAUGCACCGCAGGCCAGAGGCCCCAGACCUUCCACAGCAGCGACAGGGUCCACCUGUCGGGGAGCAGCAACCCUGCCCUCUGCCGCAGUCUCGUCUUGGGGCUCUUCAACAUCUCCUCCUGCCGCUUCUCCCGGUGCUCCUUCAACGGCGUCUUCCAGCCCCCUGUGGCUGGGAACUUCAUUGGCUUCUCUGCUUUCUUCUACACCGUGGACUUCCUGAGGACUGUGAUGGGGCUGCCUGUGACAACCAUAGAGCAGCUGGAGGCCGCCGUGGUCACCCUUUGCAACCAGGCAUGGAGUGAGCUGCAGGCUCGGGCGCCGGAUCAGGGAGACCGCCUGCCCCACUACUGCGCCGGGGCCAUGUUCGUGCAGCAGCUGCUGAGCCGGGGCUACGGUUUCGACCAGCGCACCUUUGGCGGGGUGACCUUUCAGAAGAAGGCCGGGGACACCGCGGUCGGCUGGGCGCUCGGUUACAUGCUGAACCUGACCAACCUGAUCCCCGCCGAGCCGUCGAGGCUGCUCAAGGGCACCGACUUCAGCUCUUGGGUCGUCCUCCUCCUGCUCUUCGCGGCCUUGCUCCUGGCCGCGCUUGUCCUGCUGCUGUGCCAGGCGCGCUCCACCAAGUCGCCGAGCGCCAUCUAGGGACGGGCUUGGGGCAGCUACCCCAACCCCAUAUUCUCCCAUCCCUCCCUCCACCAAACGUUCCUCAGCCUCUCUGUCCCUAAUGCAGCCCCGAAACCGAGACCGGAUUCUAGCGCCAUGCCCCAAAGGGGGCCCAGGUGGGCGAAGGGAACCGAAAACAGCGGUUCCAGCCCCCUCCAACCUGGGCUCCGUCUCAAAGCCUCGUGCUCUUCCUCGUCCUACUGGGGCUGGGCGGUUCGGACACCCCUCAGUCCUCAGCCUGUGACUGCAGGGCUGGGUCUCCAGGAAGUGGAGCCUUUACUGUGAUAAUCAGGGCCCUCAGAGACGCCCACCACCAUCCGGGUCUGUUUUAGGGGGCGGGCCGACGCCUACUUGUAGAAUUUUGUAAUAAAGAGUUUUUCCUAGA